AUGCACUUUGCUAUCACUGCUCGAGCGUACAUCAUGCAUAUCAUAGGGGGAGAAAUCAUGCCUGGUGCAAGCAACGACAAGGUGCAUUUGAUGUACUUGCCCCUGUUAGCUGACUUGUCCACUGUUAGCUCCUAUAGCUGGGGCUCAGCCAUGCUAGCAGUCUUGUAUCGAGAGCUUUGUCGGGCGACAGAUCUGAAAGUUCGCGACAUUGGCGGAUACCUUUCACUACUGCAGUCCUGGGCGUUGUAUCGGAUGCCAUUUUUGGCAUCGAUUAGACACCAACCGUGGAGUGGUCGUCCGGGUAUCGGGCAGUCGUACAAUGUCCCGCUAUACCGCCUCAUGAUUGAACAGUAUGCCCGGGAUGGGGUUAUAUGGACGCCGUACCAAACGCCAGAAAUUACCGUCGUGGUACCCUCGUCUGCGUACGUGCAUUCGUACAUAUGGUGCACUAAUGCACCAAUUAUAAAUUUCAACAUGGUCAAGUGGUAUCACGGGGAUCGGGUGCUACGGCAGUUUGGCUUCAUCCAACCUAUCCCGGAUCCGCCGUGUGAGGUGAGAGAAGUUCACGGCAAGAAUAAGAGAGGAAAAUCGAUGAUAGAUUGGGGAAUUAAGCACCGAAAAUUUGUGGUGCUGUGGAACGAUCGAUUUCGUCGAAGACCUCAGAUGGUUAUGGCUACCAACUCGCAACCAUCAGAAGAGUAUAUGCAAUGGUACUUUAGUUGCGGGAAGCCAUAUUUAUACGGAGGCCAGUCGGUUGUAAUCCCCCCGCACAUGCAGCGACAUGAGGGAUCGGCCACAGUGGCCCAGCAUGAUCUGGAUCCCAUGGCAUAUUAUUCUCCGCAACCACCAGAGCCCGAGCAGGAGCCCCAGCCAGAUCCGAAACAAUCUGGAUUUGUCGGUUAUCAUCCGAAUUUAUCAGGCACUGACAAUUUACCGAGCUUCCCAAGGCCAGAAUAUGCAUACGGCUUUGAACUAUUCGGAUCCUACUCGCCCGACCCAUAUCCGCAGCAUUAUAGGACUCCCUCAGGUCCAUCAAGUUCGUUCUUUGCCAACGAGGACCCGCCAAAAUGA